AUGGCCACAUGGAGAGCAUUUCGUUUACCGAAAAAAAAGUCAGAGGGAAAAAACACCGUAAAGACUUUAUUUACUUGUGUAAUCAAUUUCAGGGUGGUCUCCAAUGCCGUUGCACAUGUCAUAGACAUGUUGUGCAACCUUGAGGCAGAGGAGGUCUGCGUCGGCCUCUGA